AUGUCCGAUUUCCAGAUUGAGAUACUGCACAAAUUGAACGACUUGGGUGAAAUCAAGUCCACUUUGGCGACUUUCCCAGACAAAUCAUCGCAGGAUGUCUUGUCCGCAUUGAGCUCACUACAGGCGCAUAACAAGCUGGAAUUUAAGAGAUCUGAGGCGAUUUACUACGAGUUGAGCAAAGAGGGUGAGGAUAUUGCCGCGAACGGAUCCCACGAGAUCAAGCUAGUCGAAUUGAUCAACCAGUUCGGGAAGUUGGAAAUCAAAGACGUCAUGACCAAGUUGGGGAAGGACGGGAAGUUGGGACAAGCGAGAGCCUUCAAAAAUGGGUGGAUUGUGAAGACUCCAGGUAACGAAUUGGAACUGAGUGAGAAGGCAAAGACUGCGACGUUGCUCGACGACACGAAGGAGCUUUUGGUCAAAAUUUCGAAGGACUCCAAUACAGAACUCGACAGUAAGACAAUUGCUGAUUUGAAAAAGAGGAAGCUGAUCAACCCAAAGAAGGUCACCGAUUUCAGUGUCGUGAAGGGUGCCGAGUUCUCCACAGACCUAGUCAAAGCGGCCACGGAUUUGACCUCUGACAUGAUCGCAUCUGGUACUUACAAAGACUUGAAAUUCAAACCUUACAACUUCAACUCGCAAGGUGUCCCACCCCAAUCCGGUGCUUUGCACCCAUUGAGCAAAGUGAGAGAGGAGUUCAGACAGAUUUUUUUUUCGAUGGGAUUCACAGAGAUGCCCACGAACCAGUACGUUGAAACUGGUUUCUGGAAUUUCGAUACUUUAUACGUUCCUCAACAACAUCCUGCCCGUGACCUCCAAGACACUUUCUACAUCAAGGACCCGCUGACGGGUGACUUGCCAAGCGAUAAAACGUACAUGGACAACAUCAAAGCUGUUCACGAACAAGGUAAGUUUGAUUCCAUCGGGUACCGUUACAACUGGAAGGCGGAAGAGUGUCAAAAAUUGGUCCUGAGAACACACACCACGGCAGUCUCCGCUAGAAUGCUACACGAAUUGGCCAAGGAUCCAAAGCCAACGAGACUGUUCUCCAUUGACCGUGUUUUUCGUAACGAGGCGGUCGACGCUACACAUUUGGCCGAGUUCCACCAAGUGGAAGGUGUGUUGGCCGACUACAACAUCACCCUUGGUGACUUGAUCAAGUUCAUGGAAGAGUUCUUUGCCAAGAUGGGUGUCACGGGAUUGAGAUUCAAACCCACAUAUAACCCAUACACUGAACCAUCCAUGGAGAUCUUCUCAUGGCACGAAGGGUUGGGCAAGUGGGUCGAGAUCGGUAACUCCGGUAUGUUCAGACCUGAAAUGUUGGAAAGUAUGGGUCUCCCAAGAGACCUGAGAGUGCUGGGCUGGGGGUUGUCCCUGGAGAGACCCACCAUGAUCAAAUACAAAGUUCAAAACAUUAGAGAAUUACUGGGCCACAAAGUCUCUCUAGACUUCAUCGAAACCAACCCAGCUGCCCGGUUAGAUGAAUUGUUGUACGAAUAG